AUGCGCAAGUUCAAGAGCAAGUUGUCUAAGCGUUUCAAGAGAUUCUCUCGACCAUGCACGGACGAAGCCAGAGGCGCGUCUAUCGAUGCGAAAUCUGCAGGUCUAUGCACGCUAUACUCGGGCAGGACGGAAAACGAUGGUAUUGGGCGCGCGCUACGGAAGCUGCGCGGGACCACCGAGUCCGUGUCGCCACCGCUCUCUCGCGCGACCGGGGCGACGGCCAUCGAACCGGCGACAGAAGCUGUUCAAGGCGCGUACGAGCUGUGGAAGCCCGUACUGGACAAAGUGGCGGUCUUUGCAUCGCUCAUCGAGGCCAUAGGAGACCUCCAUCCCUACGCCAAGAUAGCAUCCAAGGUUCUCCUUUCGGUCGUGAAGCCUGUAAUUGACCAAGACAAACGUGACAACGCGAUGGCUGAUCUUCUGGAGGCGAUGAGCGACCUUUAUGACCUCGUGAACAAGACUGGUCGCUUUGCUGACCUGGACCAAUAUCGCAAGAAGCUGCUCAAGGAUAUGUCCUCGAAAACAGAGGAAUGCGCAAAGUUCAUCCGGGACGAGGCUCGAUUUACCAAUUUCUGUGAGAGUGUCUCUCGCCGAACUCUUGCCAUGACGCAUACUGAGCAUCAGCAAAAUGUCAUGGUCUUGAAUCUGAACUUGGGCCAAGACCACGGUCUUAGAGCCAAGACCACGGUCUUAGAGCCAAGACCAUGGUCUUAG